AUGCCCGUGGAACUGUACAACUACGAGUAUAGCGUGCCGUGCCGCGUGGUCAGGAUGGUCGCCCAGCACAUCGGACUUCCGCUCGCCCUGAAGAAAGUCGACAUUUUCGGCUGCGUGCACCAGAAGCACGACUUGAUGAAGAUAAACCCCGCCCACACGACACCCAGCAUCGUCGACGGCAGCUUAACCCUAUUUGAAAGCCGUGCCAUCAUCACGUACCUGGUGGACAAGUACGCGCCAGACAGCCCCCUCUAUCCUCGGAACGUCGAGAAACGAGCCACCAUCGACAGUCUCCUGUUCUUUGAUAUCGGCACACUCCAGAGGAGCCUCUCCAACUUCUUCUUCCCCAUCUUCCUGGAUUCUCGCAACGUGAGCCACACGGCCUGCAGGGCCAUGGUGCACGCCCUGCGGGAGCUGUCCAACCUGCUGCGAGACAACAGGUACCUCACGGGCUCCGAAAUCACACUGGCCGACAUCGCCGUGGCGGGCUCCCUGUCCCUGGCUGACAUGGUCGGCUUCAAGAUGAACCAGUUCCCGAAGGUUCGCGACUACUAUACCGCCCUCAAGAGGGACCUUCCCUACUUCCGCCAGAUCAACGUCGUUCAAGUUUCAACGCUCAAGUGUUUUGCCCGCACGUAAACCUCUUUACGA